AUGCAAGGAUUGUUGUUUCAAAUCUGCACAAGAACACUACGAAAUCAUUUUCUAAAACAUAAGAGCAAAUAUAUGUACUCUCAUAUCAGCGACAGAUCUGGGCAGAAGGCUCCUCUUACUACAGAUGAUGUUUAUGAAAUCAUCAUGAAAAGGUGGUUCACUCAUGCUUCUCCCACCCUCUUCAAUGCUGGAACACCCAGGCCUCAAAGCAACUGGAAGCUACAUACUUGGCACAACAGAACAUCUGAUGGUAUUAUUCCAAUGUCACGUGUGUUUAAUGAUACUGCUCGAUAUGUUGACCAAGGAGGUGGUAAGAGAAAGGGUGCCUUUGCUGUUUAUUUGGAGCCAUGGCAUGCUGAUAUCUUUGAGUUUCUUGAGGCUCUAGGUUUAGCUGAUUGUUGGGGUAAAGACUUUGAAAACCUUUAUACCCAAUAUGAAAGACAGGUAAGCCUAACAAACGAGAAGAAGAGGAUUACGAGGUCCUGCUAA